AACAAAUUGAAUGCAACAGGUUGUUGUGGACUUGAAGAGCUGUGCUAUAAUGUUUUUGGGGGCAGGUGUCCAUGGCUAUUUUUCGUGGAUCUUACAAGAAGCUGGUGGCUGGAACCAAAGAUUCAAGGAUUUAAAUGGACAUUCUCGGUGGGAACGAAAUGGAGUAUAAGGCAGUCAGAAGAGUUGGUGUCUUUAACCAUCAUGAUGUACACUACAGCAUUGGGCUGUUCGUUUACAGGCACUUCUGCAACCGCAAUGGAGGGCCGAAAUACAGAGUGCAGAAUAGUAGGCAUUGGAUCCCUACCGGCUGUGUGCAAAUACGAUUACAUUGGAAUAAAGCAUUUCAACAAGAGAGAAAUUACAGCGAGAAAGUGUGAUCCAUGCCUGUAGUGCAAUGAUUUUUCCGCACUGCAGUUUAGGAUUUUUGAAUUGUACACUAAGCUGUUGUGUCGGCGGGGAAAGAAAAAGAAAAUGUGAGGUUACCUGUAACUCGCACAGCACUGCACACCCGUUGCUCAAGCAGCUGCACUAUCCAUGUGAAGUGCAAAUGCACUUCACGAUGGAUGUAUGAGCUGCAAGACUGCACUCUAUACAGACAUACCUAGUCAUGGCGAAGAAGGUUGAGUCGCGAAUCUUCAACAUCGCCGUUGUAGGUUUGUCCGGCACAGAGCGAGAGAAAGGAGCAACGGGUGUCGGCAAGUCGCACCUAUGCAACCGCUUCACACGCCCCCUGGCUGACGAGUACUACCAGGAUCACAUCUCUGUCCUAAGUCAGACAGACUUUAGCGGCAGAGUGGUCAACAAUGACCACUUUCUCUACUGGGGAGAGGUCAUGAAGACGACCGACGAAGGCGUGGAUCUGACGUUUAAUGUCAUUGAGCAGACAGAGUUCAUUGACGACGCAUCGUUCCAGCCGUUCAAAGGCGGAAAGACGGAACCGUACGUCAAGCGCUGUAGCGCAACGAAGAUACAGUCGGCAGAGAAGCUGAUGUACAUAUGCAAGAAUCAACUUGGAAUUGAGCACGAGUAUGAGCAGAAGUUGCUGCCGGAUGGGAAGCUCAACAUCGACGGCUUCGUCGUCGUGUUCGACGUCAGCCAAGUGCCAAACCGGCCCGUGGAGCGGCAGGUGGAGUUCCUCGCUCUCCUGCUCAACAACGUCACGAGGACGAAGAAGCCGUGCGUGCUCGUGACGACGAAGAACGACGAGGCCGUCGAGUACUACAUGCGCGAGGCUGAGAAGCUCGUCAAUCGGAAAGACUACCGAGGCGCGAUCCAGGUCGUCGAGACGUCGGCCGUCGAGAACGUCAACGUUGAGCUGGCCUUCAUCCUGCUCGUGCAGAUGGUGGAUAAGUCGAAGGGGCGGACUAAGAACGUGCCGUACCACGACGCGGCGCUGCGCUGGAAGGAGGUGCUGGAGGUGGCGACGAACGCGUACCACAGGCUGUUGGUGGCGCAGGUGUACGACUACAAGAACACGUGGAAUGCCGCGAGCAAGGCGUUCGCGCAGAACUCAGACUUUGGCCAUUACGUGGACCUGAUGGGGCGAGACAGUGCGCUGAAGCUCUUCCGACGUCACAUAGCGAAACUACGGGAACAGCAUAUACAUUUAAAAAAGCAGAGUUUUAUCAGAGACUUACCAAAUGUUUUGCAAGAACUUUUAUCUGAUCUCGAGUCAUUAGGAGACAGGAACUGGGACACAUGCCAGUGGUUUCUUCACGAGCACCCUGACUUUGAUAAAUACUUUGUAGAUUUAGGAGAAGGAAUGCGGUGGCAGGAUUCAGAGUAUGUAGACAGUAUAGACCACCGAGUCCCGUUUGACCUGUUGGAGUUGUCUGAUGCAGAGACCUGCUUUCGUAACCAUGUCAAUGCCCUGCAGGCAGAGCAGAAAAGACUGGACAUGCAGAAGCAGUUCAAGCAGCUGCUAGAGACGACAGCACAGGUGACGCCGGGGAAGCCCUUUGCUGAUGUCGCUAUCUUCUUCAUGGGACGAGAGUGCUACGAGUCAUUACCUGACUGUGAUCGACGCGAAAUAUACGAUUAUCAUCAAAAGGAAAUUACCGAGCGUGCCAAGUUAGCCUUUCAGGAGUUGUUACUAGAACAUUCUGACCUGUUCGCCCGUUUUACCAACAUGGAACCGCAUGCAGUGCCUCUUACACAGGAAGACCUAAAAGAAAUACAAGAACCUCUUGUACCAGACACAAGGUAUCGUAUGCUGAAUCGGCUAGAUCAGCAUCGGACAGGCAUGAUUUUACAACACCUGGGCUUCAUAUGCUGCCCAAAGCCAGAGAAUUGCCCAAGUGCACCUAUGUGCUGGGAUAUUUCUGUGAAUAAAGUACUGGCUAGUCGUGCUCACAGACCAACGUCGUGGACAACAAACAAUCAGUUUUUGCUCGAGCCACAGAACAGCCAGCUGAAUCUCAUUUUCCUGGGCAUUGACAGACUGGCUGAUGAACUUAUAAAUGAAAUUCGGGCACAGUGUAUAGAUGAUGAGUACACGAUUGACGACACGAUCUACAGUUUAGACUAUCGGCCAAUAGAUGGUGAUGUGAGUCGACCACAAAAUGCCUUCAGGACUACUGACUUCCUUCCUCAUGGCUGCUUCUGUAUCUACAACUCCCUCUCAUCACUGGAGUACAUUCAGGAUAGCUUGCAGAAGACGCUGUUAGCCAAUGUUGACAGAGAAGAUGGACUGCCAUUCCAAGGACUGCCUAUAGUGGUUGUAUUUGCCUGUGAUCUAAACUAUAAUGAGAAAGACUUCAUGCUUCUACGGGAGGAGGGCCAGCAUCUAUCUGAUAGUUUGCAGUGUCCAUUCAUUGAUAACCUGCCUGAUGAGUUCCACCAUCCAGGACAAAGGUUCUCAGAGGAUCAGGUAGCAACAGCACUCAGGGCCCUCGUGGAGAGCAUUCGCUACAGGGCCGGAUUCGUGAAUCCCUAUCAGGGCCUUAGUGAGAGCAUCGAGCCAGAUAUCAGGAUCACUUUCUGUAUGAUGUGCGGAGAUCCGUAUCCUGCGGAGUUAGUGCUGGGCCCCUUACUUCGUCACCAGUGUUGCUACAUCGGUUCAGAAAACUGCAUCACUCUAGAGACGUUCUUAGGGGAUUCCAAACGAAAGGUUGAAGUGCUUGUUACGUCAUACCAUGCAGCCGGGCCUCUCCGCGACGAACUCUGCCACGGCUUCGUACUUGUCUAUUCUGCCAAGCGCAAGGCUUCAUUGGCUGUGCUAAAGUCAUUCACGGGCGGCAUGGGACCGAAUGUGCCUCUGCUUAUCGUGGCUGUGACUGAGAGUGGAGGUGCCUUCGCGUUCUUCAACAAUGAGUACAGUCAGUUUCUCAUCACGGAUGGCAACAAUCUUGCCGACCAGCUAGGAGCCAGGUUCCUCACGACUUCUACAAACUUCCAGGAGCAGACAGCCACAUACACACCAUUUUUCAAAGAGGCAUGGGAUAGGAAACAGGAAGUAGAGGGAUUGUAUAGACUGCGAAUGGCUGAUAUGGAGCCUCUUCCCCAUCAACUUCAAGUGGCACUAGUGUCACCCCUGGAAAAACGACCAUCUGGUUCAAUUCCUGUGGCAAUUCCUAAAAUACCUUCCAAAUCUGACCAAAACGGAAAUGCUGGCGACUAUGAUAACCUAGCUCUGAAUCCUCAUGAAGAUGGUCAGUACAGUGCUGAUGAGGCGGAGUUGCCGUCUCCGUCGUAUGAUGGCAGCGAGAGCCUUGAGAUGUACAGUUCUGUCGAUGACAGUCUGCUGUACACAGACGUCAGACCAGUGAAUGACCGCGACCAACUGAUACGACCCAGUCAGCUCCGGCAGCGCAGGAGCAUGUAUGCAGCCACCCUGCCACAGCUGAGCAACACUGGGCCAGCAGCAGGCAGAAAGCUGCAGAAAGCUUCAACCAUGCCCAGCGCCAGCACAAGCCCCACGUCACCGGCAAAGCAGAUGCCUGAACAGCAGGCCCCUGUCAGGGAAGAGGAAGGAUGGGUAGACAACAACUUGAAUGAAAAUGACAAAGAGGGCUGGGCAGACAGUGUCAUCUAUGAAACGUAUGGACGUAAGGAUCAGCCCCAACCAGGCAAGCCAGUAAAGCCACCAUUAAAACCCAAGCCUGGGAAGUUGGACUUGCGGAACUUCGGUCAGGUGACAGACGCCAUUCAGAAGUGGACAGUGCGCGACACAAAGCCAGGCACGCACUCUACAGUACAGUACAGCAGGAUGAAAGCGGCACCACUCGCAACACCGGAGAGCAUCGAGAUCGGCUCUGAUUAUGCUCAAGUGAAGGAUGCGAUUCCGAGCCAGACCCUGCCACUGUAUGUAAGUGCGGGUGACUACGCGCUCGUCCAGGAUGCUCUACCUCCUGGUCACAUGCGCAGAAUGAAGUCCUCCGUACGCAAGAACGCAUCCUGGCAAGCUACCAGCAAAGGUUUGAUGGUUCGACCAGAGCAUAUGGGAUCGUCGAUGGAGGAGGAAGGUCUCUAUGAAAUUGUGUCACCUAAAGAUCCAUUGAUCAGGGCUCCUGGUCAACUUCUGACUCCAGAUGAUACAGGGGAGGUGGGAGAGCCGACCGAAGUUGGUGGCUGGCCAGGUGUGAAGAAGAAGAUCAAGUCAUUCAGCGGCACAGAGAAGGCUGCAAUCACGAUGGAGGACAAGCAGCGCAAGAAGGAGGAAAAGAAAGCAAAGGAUGAUGAGAAAAGAAGAAUGAAAGAGGAGGAAAAGGCAAAGUUGAGGCAGGAGAAGCAGGAUAAGAGGCAACGUAAGAAGACAAAUUCCACUAAGAGUUGUGGUAGCACAUCACAGGGCUUGGUUGGGAGAGAGCUAGAUGAAUAUGUACAGACUGAAGAUCGUCUGGUUCCAUCGUUCCUUGAAAUGUGUAUCACCUUCAUAGAAGAAGAAGGUCUAACUUCUGAGGGCCUAUACCGAGUUCCCGGUAACAAGGCACAUGUUGAUCUACUCAUGCAAAAAUUCGAGGAGGAUCCGUCGGUGAACCCAAAUGAUCUUGAGAUUCCUGUAAACGCGGUCGCGACUGCGUUGAAGACGUUUUUUCAGGAGCUUCCUACGCCCCUUGUGCCCAGCUCUGACUACGAAGACCUCUUAGAGGCUGCAAGUCUAGGAGAGCAGUCUGCCCGGCUGGUCGCCAUACGUGACGUGAUCGACAGGCUUCCGUUGGUUAACCAAGAAGUGCUCAAGUUUUUCUUUGUGCACUUACACAAGGUGUCGCAGCAUUCUCGUGAAACGAGUAUGGAUAGCAACAAUCUCGCCAAGUGCUUCUGGCCCACCAUCCUGCGACCAGACUUCACAACCUUUGAAACGAUGGCGCAAGCUUCCAAGAUCUUGGAAGAGGCUGUGUGGCUAAUGAUAGAGCAUUACGAAUUUAUAUUUUUCGCAAAUGAAGAGGUGACAACCGUAUGAUCAUAAUAGUGCGGUAGAGGGUGCCGCUCUGCCAUCGCGUCAAUGGCGUCAAAACUUGGUGCUGUUUAUGUGGAAGCAGUGAUAGUCGCAGCAGCAGGGACAUUAGCCUUGCAGGCAGAACUGCUGGUAACUCUGUUGCGGUGUAUAUAGCAGUGCAGGGCCUUUGCUGAGCUGUAAAUAUGGGACUCGUAGGGUGGAUGCUGUAGGGUGCAGCGGGCUGCCAUGCACAUAAUCAUGUAGAAGCAAGAACAAUGUAGCGUGCAUACAGCUCGGCAGUUGAUGGUUCGUUUUUGCCCAGGUGCAUGGUGGUGUGUACACAGUGAUGUAAAAAUGUCUUGCCUAAAUGGAGAUGGUUGAAUUAAGGACGACCAGACAUUGUUGUGACAUGUGGUCUGAGCCAUGGCUGCCAACGAAGUGGUGCAUUGUCGUUUUCCUCGUAACCUUUGUGUAUGCCAGAGGUUUUCUCUUUAUGUACAAAUUAUAGAUGUAGUAGUUAGUGCCUGUGACCUUUUGGCUUUUGGUGGCUGUAUGUGGUGCUGCGAAAUCAUCACAGUUUAUGAAAUCUUGUCUUUGUAUUUUAAGCAUUUAAUCGGACAGAAAAAUGGGGAAACGAAGAGGUUGAAAUGCUUAGAAUUGUCCAGAAUAAUGAAAGGGCAGCAUCAAUUCUUACCAGUUUCUCUUUACAUAUAUGCAGAGAGUCUGUGAAACUCCGUGUAUCUUCUUUCUUCUCUUACACAUUUAACCUUGUCUUACAGUCGUUGAGGAAACGAGAGGGUCUUAGAAGUUGCGCACGCGAGAGAGCGAGAGGGGGAAGAAUAGUAAGGUUAUUAGGAAAAUGAGUGUGAAUGUGCGCGUACACUAGAAGUGUAAACGAGGACGUGCAGUCUUGCGUCCCCAGCUAGUCAUAGUAAGGAUUCUUCUGACCACAAUUCACAUUUAGUCAACUUCACGAAUUUCCUAUCAUUGUACUACAUUUACGUUGAAUACAGACCGUCUCUUUCUUUAGCCUUCCGUCUCUGCCUCUCGUUCUGUACAUAUACACGUGUGCGCACGAGUGUGUGUGUGUGUGUGUGCGUGUGCGUGUGCGCGUGCGCGUGCGUGCGUGCGUGCGUGCGUGCGUGCGGAUACGUGCAUGUGUACGCGCGUGUGGUAAAUCCACUGUAGGUUAUAUAUAGUAGGUGAAUAUAAAGGAAUCUAUCAGUGAUUAGACUGGCAUGGUUAUCAAAGAGUAUCUUUUCUAACAUUGGAGUUUUUACACUUUGUUUUUAUGUGUAAUUAAAUUUAAUGUGUUGGUGUCUGUGUAUCAUGUAAUAAUGCAAUUACAAUGUUUGUGGGUCAGUAUCACUUCCUGUCUGGUUUCCGGUUCACUGCACGAUCAACUUAUUUGCGAAUUAUGAUUAUUGUGUAUGAUAAACGUUUUUGUUUAUUACGAUACACGAACGACCGCAUGCUGUAGAUUUUUUCAUUGUGAUUUCUUGUAAUUAUAUUUAAGCAAGCCUGUAAUAAUUACGAUACGGUGUUGUGUGUCAUUGCCAUGCUUGGCAUGUGUGAAGACGAUGUGGACCCAGUUUGUACGAAGAUAAAUCAUGCAUUCUCCUAUUGUGAAGAGUAUCAACUCUUGCUUACAUAGCUCAACUUACAGCUUGUUGCAUCAUUUGGGAAUUUAUUGCUUUGUUGAAUGUUAUUGAAGAGGAUUUUUAACAAUUAGUGAAUAUUUUGUGCACUUUUGUAAAGUAUUGCAGUUUUGUGUAUAUUUUUGCCAUCAGGAAGGUGGCGAUGUCUAGUGACUUUUAUUGUAAAUUUUGCAUAACGGUGUAAAUUGGGUGGGUUGAAGACCUUGUUAUGUGUACAUGUGAAAUUUAAUUAGUGAAAUAGCACGAGUAUAGCGCGACCGCUGCGGGGGACAACUUUUUAAUCUGAGGCUACAUUGCUUUAUUCAAUAUUUCAUGCAAACAGUCAGAUGGAUAGGUGGAACAAUAAUUUGCCAAUGUUCUCAAUAUUUAAACAUGCAUUUCUAAACUAAAUAAAAAUACGCCUGCAUUUAAUAGGGAACACUUAUAUGCCGCGUAACAAAAUUACAGAAAAACUGCAUUGAAUAUCUGUUGUGCUCUCUAGUGUUCAUUGUUUAGUUUUCGUUAAAUUUCAUUGGUAAGCUAUUAUUACAUUACAUACUCGAACAGUCCCCCAGAAUGUUUCAACUAUUUUUCACGACUACUAAGAAUGUCAGAUCUUACUAGUGAAAGUAGUUUCUACCUGUAACUGUAGUUUGCUGCGUAUAAUACGCAGUUAGUUACCUAUACCCGACGUCCAUCAUGGCUAAUCUGUGUGUGGCUAUUCUCUUGUAAUAAAAUGUCACUGUGAUUGAAUA